UGGCUACGUCUGUGUUGUGUAUCACGGUGGCAAUGUUACGGUGUUGUGCUCUAUGUGUUCGUGUGCUGCUCUGUUUGGCGAAGUCGUGAGACACUGUCUUCAAUGAUGUCGGUAUUGUUGCUAGAGCCGUUCUACGGUGGCUCGCACAAACAGCUGAUUGAUUUGCUUAGCGAGGACUUGGGAGUAUGUCGCUUGGUCACGCUGCCGGCGAACAAGUGGCACUGGCGCGCGCGCACGGCAGCUCUGUGGCUUGCGGAGUGUAUAGAACCGUCAGAUGACUAUCGUGUGCUUAUGGCCAGCGGCACGCUCAACCUUGCCGAACUUCUGGGGCUACGGCCAGACCUGGUGCCGCUGCGAAAGGUGCUUUACAUGCACGAGAACCAGCUUGCCUACCCAGUGCAGAAAGAGCAGCAGCGCGAUUACCAGUACGGCUACAACCAGGUGACGUCAUGCUUGGUGGCCGACGUGGUGCUGUUCAACUCGCACUUCAACCGGGACUCGUUCCUGACAGCCGUGGAACCGUUCCUGAACCGUGUGCCAGGUGCGGGCCGCCUGGGGCCCCUACGGCCUCGAUUGGAGGCGAAGGCGCGAGUGCUGUCCUUUCCGAUCAAGGUGCCACCGAUGGCCCCAGCUCCGUGCAGGGACCCCGCCUCACCCCUUCACAUUGUCUGGCCUCAUCGAUGGGAGCAUGACAAGGGACCCGAAGAGUUUGUGCAAGUGCUGCUUCAGCUGCACCGACUUGGCAUGGACUUCCACGUGUCCUUCCUAGGACAGGAGUUCGACAAGCUGCCUACAUCCCUGGUUGAAGUCAGGGAGAAACUGGGAGACCACAUCCGUCGUUGGGGCCCUUUGCCGGACCGAGAUCAGUACCUGGCGCUGCUGCGCAGUGCGGAUGUCGUCGUUUCCACAGCCCGCCAUGAAUUCUACGGUGUUGCCAUGUUGGAAGCAAGCCUGCUUGGCUGCUACCCGCUGUGUCCAAAUCGACUUGUCUACCCAGAGAUCUACCCUCCGUGCUGUCUCUACAACACUUGCCGGCAGCUGGUCAAGAGGCUGCGCAGCUUCUGCAUGCGACCCGAGGCUGCGCGAAGGACGGCUCCCAAGCUGGAUCGCAGCCGUUUCACCUGGGAGUCCCUGCAGCCAUUCUAUCGGGAACUGCUGCUGCCACCUGGCCAGACCAACCGAUGAUGUGUUCUUGAUCUGGGAAGACUUAGGUAUCGUGCUAGGAAGUACAGUUGCAGAAGAUGAUACGUCGAAUAAAGCAAAGUACCUGUCACGAGUGGUUGUGGUGGAUGCAAGCUGAAGGGAUUUUAUUUAUCACUAACCUGUUAAUCGGUGAUCUGUUAUUCAGUUUUAUAAAUGAAGUGACAUGUUUAUAUCAAAUGACCUGUUAGUGCCCAAGGAUAAAUAUCUUUUUGCCGUGGUGACCAACAAAUGGGGAAAACACGUGCGAAGAAAAAAGGUUUAGUGUUGUGUAGCAAGGUGUGGGAGCGGGCUAGUUGGUAUACCAUAAUGCUAAAACUUUAGCGCAAAAUGAGCACAGCUUGUCUGCGUCGUUUCUUUGUCCGCUGUGCUCGUUUUGCGCUAAAGUUUUAGCAUUAGUGUUGUGUGUCAGUGCUUUAGCUGUCACUGCGACAAGUCCCAGAGAAAGGCAAAAAUGAGAAAUCUUUUAUUGUGUAUACAUAUAAAGUUCCUGCUUUCCUUCAGUGAAGGGGCAGCGAAAAAAAAAAAAACGAGCAGAAUCCACGCACUGUGACAAUCGAUCUAAUUUGAAACAGGCAUCGAGAAGCUCCAUAUACCACAUUGUUUGGCGUUGAGACAAAUCAAGGCAUUCAUGUUAUGUCAUGUCGUUCGCUAUCACUUGUUUGUCAUGCAUGCAUGUAUAUUCCGGUACACAGUCGACUAGGGUACCAAUA